GACCCAGCUUAAUAAAUCUUCACUGCGAACAACUACCAUCACUUUCUCUCUCGUUUUGUACCUCGGGCUCACUUCAUAAUUUCGUCCCUCAUGCCAGCACUUCUUCUUAUGUAUUAAUGAAGGUUUGUAUAUUGAAACGGAAACUCUUAAAUCACCAAUUGUCAACAGAGGCCAUCCUUUCACACGAAACCCUUUCUUCCAUCGUUCAGUCCCAGAUUCUCGAAAUCCCGCAAAAAGCUAUAAUCUAAGCACAAAUCUCGUCUCGGUAUCAUCCUUUUGCCAUCAACACCAGACUUUGUACUUUCACAGGACGACCGAGCCCUCAUCGGAUCAUCAAUCCUUCCUUCAAUUCAAUCGACGUAUUCAAUUUUAACUUUUGUUUCUUGCCGGAAGCCAUUGAUUUGGCCCAUUGAAGAGUUCGCCGUCUAAAUUAGAUCCUCCUCUUUUCCACUAGAAGAAUCUUCUCGAACAACUCCGUCGACCCUGCCAACACAAUCUUUAUCUAGCACAGAGUUUACUUGGAUUGAAUACUUGGGCACUCGUAUUACUAGUUCACACCAACGAUUUAAUCGGACCUAAAUUCCUUGAUCUCGACGGGCUGCCAAGACGAUUGUCAAAGCUACGACGUAAAACAAGACAUCAUCUACUGUUGAUUUCGGAAUAAACUGAUCUGUCAUCUCUCGUGCAAAAUCGAGAGAGUUUUGCAGACCGAAUAAUCUAUAAUGUCAAAUAAGAGAUCUGAACAUCCUAAUCUUACCCAUCUACCGCAGUCGGCCGCUGGUUUCCCUCGAUCGGGUUCCUCAACGGCCAACACCUCCCCCACCGAAGCUUCGACAGGACUUCCUUCCUUGAGAUCGCCGUAUGGCGCCCUACCCUUAAAUUCCGCAGGCAAAAUGGCCAGCAACACGCGAUCGGGAGCUGGUUCUCCAUCGCAUGAUCAGCUUAACACACAGUCAAGUGCUAAUAGAUAUCCUCCAACCGCAAAAAGGACACGAGAAAUUGUGCAAGAAGGGGGUUUCACUAGUAGCAAUGUCUGGGGACCUCCAACCAGUGGCAAUUCUACCCCACUUCGAGAAACUAUACCAGAGUCUCCCACGGAUGGAUUUCCAGACUUUGCCCAGUUGCCAACGACAGAAACGAUACCGACACGUCGGGGUCGUGCUGGCACACUCCCAUCUCGAUUUUCGUCAGGGGGGCCUUUGAAUGCAGCUCCAGGUCUGGGUCUUUCGUCGAAGACAUCAAGACCCACACCUUCACCGAGUCCAUUCCAAUCUGCAACAACAAAUCUCGGCGAUUUGGGUGAUCCAUCCACUAGCACGGGAUUGUUGAAUCGAUUACGUUCUGGUUCAACCCCUCAAAAUCCCCAGUAUAAAACGUCGCCUUUUGGUCACCCAUCACUUUUCACCAAUUGGGGCCCAUCUUCAGGCGGCCGUGAACGGACCUCGACCUUGCACAGUAUUGCUAGUCAAUCCUCCAACGGCAUUGAUUCCCCAGGACAAUCUUCAUUCUCGAGAGAUGGAAACAAUGAUGAUAAGAUACGGACUCUCGAUUACCUGGGUCUUGCUGAAACUCCACAACCUCCUCGAGCACAACUGGCAAAUCCCAUAUACAAUCUUAUUGAUGCGCACAAGGCAAAUCGUUUCCGUUCUUACUCUGUCAACGCCAAGGAGAAGUAUGCUGAGGAUGAGGAUGAUGACGACUAUUCGGGUCCCAUGACGCCCUACGAGCAGGCACAAGCAGCUCAAGCUCAAGCCGCUGCUAUGCUACAUAUGCAAUUGGCCCAGAAUAGCGAGCAGAUGCAACGACACCAGCAAAUUAUGCAGCAAUAUGUCAGCCAAGCUUCUGCAAGUAGACCAAGAGCCAGAACUGCCGGUGUUCUCGAUUCACCAAAUACACGGUUGAUGCGUGACUAUUAUCCUGCAGCGUCGUCUCGUCUUGGUAACACUAUUACUGCCUCUGAGUUGAGAGAAGCGGAUGAGUUCUCGGGUCUUCCAGAAGCUGUCGCCGCAAUGAGUCUAGGACGUUCAAACAACGCAAAUGAACACCUUUCACCCAAUGACAAUUUGGAGGGACCAACUAGUGCUCUUUGGCUUGGAAGCAUUCCAUCAUCAACAACAACCUCUACCCUCACAGAAUUGUUCAAAGUUCAUGGUCCAGUCCAAUCGGCAAGGGUUCUCACGCACAAGAAUUGCGGGUUCGUCAAUUAUGAACACGUUGAUAGUGCCAUAACGGCAAAGGCUAUGAUGCACAACAAGGAAAUUUUCCCAGGGGCAGGACCAGUCAGAAUCAACUUUGCUAAACCUGUAUCUCCAGCAACAACACCAGGUCCUGACGGAGCAUUUCCUUCGCCAAGCCCAGAUCCUUUCUCUAAGGGUUUGGACUCCGGUGCAAAUGUGACCGACGCCAAUGGUGCCUUGGGUGCUAUCUCAAGACCUGGAACUACUGAGCCUCCUUCACCACGACUCCAGGACAUCGAGAUUGAUAUUUUGAACAUAGUUUCCGAGUUCGGAGCCACUGCCGAGGAUAAGAUCAAGAUUGGCCAAAGCCUCAAAUCCUCAAUCUCAUAUGACAAAUGGCAGUCUGAAAUACCAGCAAUUGCAGAACCAAGCCACAGUAGAGUUCAUGAUGCUCCUAAGCUCAGAGAUAUCAGGAAGCGCAUUGACAAUCAAAGUUGUUCGCCAGCCGAGAUUGAGGCUAUCGCUAUGGAAAUGCUUGAAGAAGUUGCCGAGUUAUCGUCUGACUAUCUCGGAAACACUGUUGUCCAAAAGUUGUUUGAACAUUGCUCCGAUGAUACCAGAGACCUUAUGCUUCAGCAAAUUGCUCCUCACAUGGCAGAAAUUGGUGUACACAAAAACGGUACCUGGGCAGCACAAAAAAUCAUUGAUGUAUGCAAAACCCCCAAGCAGAUCACUAUGAUAGUUCAGAAUCUGGCGCCAUACACUGUGCCAUUGUUCCUUGAUCAAUACGGUAAUUAUGUUUUGCAAUGCUGCUUGAAAUUUGGUUCGCCUUACAAUGACUUUAUAUUUGAAGCUAUGCUUAGCAAAAUGAAGCCUAUUUCUGAAGGUCGAUAUGGCGCCAGAGCUAUGCGAGCUUGUCUCGAAAGUCAUCACUCUACCAAGGAUCAGCAACGGAUGUUGGCAGCCGCCAUUGCGUUACACAGCGUUCAAUUGGCUACCAAUGCCAAUGGUGCUUUGCUUUUGACUUGGUUUUUGGACACUUGCACAUUCCCACAACGUCGAUCUGUUCUUGCACCUCAGUUAGUACCAAACCUUGUCCACCUUUGCAAGCACAAGGUUGCAUACCUCACCGUACUCAAGGUCAUCAACCAAAAGUUAGAGAACGAUGCUCGCGAUCAAAUCUUUCAAGCAUUGUUCUUUUCAAAAGAUGACGAAACUCUCGAAGCCAUUUUAUCCGACCAAGCUUGUGGUGCUACAUUGAUUUUCAAAGUACUUACCACUCCAUUCUUUGACGAGUCUAUUCGAAGCAAGGUCGUUGAGAACGUUCGAAACGUUUUGCUUCGUCUCAAGGCACAACCAGCACAGGGCUAUAAGCGUCUCAUGGAUGAGGUUGGAUUGUCAACUCGUAACGGUAGUGCCGGACCAAGCAGAGAGCACAGUCAACAGCAACCAAUUGACCGUGCUCGACCUGGAUCACAACAAAGUCAAGUUACUGGGCAACACAUGCCUCAAUCACAAUACGGUUCCAAUCAAUAUUAUCCACAGAUGCAACAAAACCCACCAAUGCAGCAAAAUGCAUAUGACAUGGGUAUGGGUAUGCAAAGGACUGACAGCAUGGAUUCCAACGUUCAACCUUUCCAACAAUUCGCGCUUCAAAACUCAAUGUUUCCACAAUCGUCUACUCCCAUGAUGCAACCAAUGAACAUGCAACAAUUUCAAUACCAAAACAUGAACAUGGCAAGAGGUACUCCUCCGAUCAGCAGCUAUUAUCCUACCAUGCAAUCAGGAUUCGGUGCAUUUAGUAGUCCACAAUUAGCAGACCAAUAUCGAGGAAUGCAAAAUGCCAGCCCUAUCCAACCUCCAUCACAGCAGAUGAGCCCGGGACCAAUGCUAGGACAAAGCUCAUUUGGAGCCCCUGGUCUCAACAAUAUGGGAAUGGGUAUGGGAGCAUAUGGUUUCAAUGGUUUGCCUACACAGAACAUGCAGUAUAUGCAAGAACCAGUUAACAGUCGACGUGGCAGAAGAUAAAUGCACAAAUUGAAAAUAAAAGUUUGUUUUAUGGGAAUUGGUGUUUUGAUUUACAAUUUCUCUACUCUACGAACGAUGAACCAACUUUUUGCCUUCACGACCAGAAUCAAAUCUUCAAGACCGACGAUUUUGCCCAGGUGUCAAAAUCUUUUUCGACCAAAACCAAUUUUA